GGGAAGCAGCGACUUCCAGCAGAUAUCUAUGUAGCACUACGAUAGACUACCUGACGGCAAUCGACGGUAUUGGAGGAUCUGAGAAAUGGCGGCGACCAUUCCUCCCGGGCGCGAGUUCAAUCCCGGACUGGGAAGAGAAAGUCAACCUGGACCAAUGGAAAGAGGGUGUGGACCAGGAGAAGAGCCAGGAGCAGGAUUAGAACGAGGAAAUGCACAAGGGAACGGAGUCAACCAUGCAUGUGGACCUGGACCAGGACCAGGAUCAGAGCCGCGAGGAAAUGCACAAGGAGACGGAGUCAACCGUAGGCGUGACCGAGGACCGAAUCCGGACCGUGUACGUGGUCCAGGACCGAAUCCGGACCGUGUACGUGGACCAGGAUGGGCACUUGACGGUGGACCCGGACCAGGACAGGAAGUUGACCGUGGAGUUGGAUUAGGAGCGGGAGUGGAGAGCGGAAGUGAAUUGGGACCGGGACUUGGACAUGGGCAUGGACCAGGAGUUGGAACUGCAAGACCAGCAGAAGCGCGCCUCUUCUGCCCUCGAGGAGGCGACUGGAUUGAUCGAGUGCCACGUCAGCUUGUGGGAAUCGUCAUCCAUCGGAUGGUCAACGGUCGGAGCUCGCCGGCGGCGGAAUCAGCGUCAGGGGGUGCCAAAGACCAAUCAUUGGCAGCAGAAGACGUCCGGCGGCAGAGUGAUUCGUUGAUAGAUGCUGACAUGUCAGUUCUUCUGGACAAGGUGUACGUCCCUUUCGUCGCUGGCAGGCAAGCUAAUGAGGAGGCGGAGGAGGGGCAAAAGGGAGGAGGGGACGUGCAGCCUCGGAUCGGGGAAGAUUUGCUGCCGGAAGCCGAUGUGGAGGUGCUUUGUCGACCUGCUGAUAGUCGGGAUGGAAGAGCAGAGGCGACAACAGUAGAUGGUCCAGGAGUCGAUGAUGAAGCAAGUGGCGAUCUGAGGACGCGAUCGGGACUCGAUUCUCAAGUUGGCCGGGAUCCCAUGAUGACGGCAGAUCAUGGGGAAAGGACUGGUCGCUGCGGCCCUAUGGCGCAAGUCAAUCAAGGAGCUACAGUCAGUCGUGGCGCGCCCACAACCAUUGAUCGUCCAUCUAGUCGCGAUCGCGAAGCAAGGAUGGCAGUCGACGGUCGAGAUACCGGUAGCAGUGAUCGGAUGACAGGAGCCGAUGGUCGGCGCCCUGUCGCAGUCGGUCGUUGGGGAGAAGACGAGUGCGGCAUCGACCCGAUGAUGAUGAGGAGGAGGAGCACGCAAUCGUGGAGGGCAUCCUUCGUCCGUGACUGUUUCAGACUGACGAUGACGGUGUUGCAGAGUGAGCGGCACAUAGGCGAGCUGCAAGCGGCCGGUGUGAACGCGCCGUCAUUGUUUCGAAACACGUGGAGACUGCUAGAGGAGAUCUCCACCGUCGAUCAAUCAGAAUGGGAGGUGUGUUUUGCGUCCACCGUCUCUCAAAUCUUGCACGGAUUCGUUCAAAUGCACCAAGACAACCAGGUCGUUCAAAUGCAUAAAGACAACCAGAUGGGGCGUAACAUGGGGAUGCGGCCCAGGCAUCGAGAUUCCUCCUCCCUCUCCUUCCCCCCCCUCCCCUUGCCCUGUGCUUCAGAAUCGAUACCAGGCGCGACGCCAUCGAAGAGGACAUACCAGCAGCCCUUGUUCUCAUCGUCAGCAGAAGGACGGACGUCAUCAACGGACGACAGACUGAGUAUGAAACGGCUAUCGGUAAGAGCAGGCCCGUUAGGCAGACUAGUCACAGCCCUAGCACGGCCUCGAGCCGCGGCGUCGUUUCUCGACUGCCUGAUAUCGACUGUGGAAAGCGCGGCGAAGCAGCGCACCGGCUGCGGCAGCGCGAUGGACCCUUGGGGACGUCAACAGAAAAGAAUGAGCAACGGCGGCCGCGGCGGCGGAAAGGACGACAGAGCGAAGCCGACGCUUGCUGCAGCGAUGGAGUUGUUUGAAAUCGCCUAUGAGCGACACCCGCGCGUCGUUCUAGAGUGCUGUGCGGCACGGCUGUGCGACGAGCGAUCUAAUCUCUCCACUUGCAGGGAAUGCUUGUCGCUCAUGUCCAGGAUUCAUUCCACCAUUUCUUCUCGACGUCAACAGCAUCAUCAUCAACACCAACACCAACAAGGAGCACAUGAAGAGCAGCAGCAGCAGCAGCAGCAACGAGAAGAGCAAGAAGCACAAGAAGAACCCUAUGUUUUGAGGGUUGGAAGUGGAGCUUCAGGCAUGGGGGGGGGUGAUUCACACUCACACUGGUCGGGAGCGGCGGCGGGCAAUUUGCUGCGGACUGUGAUGUACGAUCCGCGUGUCAGAAUCCGACGGCACGCAAUGGAUCUUCUUUGCUGCUUGAGGACGGACUAUGGGGAUAUCGAGAAGGAAAAUCUUCUCUACGCAGCACUCGUGAAGAUGAGGGAUCAGGACUCGCACGUGCGACGGAGAGCCUUUGAGAUUCUAGGAAAGUUUCCUUUCACUUUCCUUCACGACAACCUCAAGGACGAAGAUUGGCAGAUGGUUUUUGAAGAAGGGCUGUCGUCCGACGUUUUCGAGGGAACUGGCGGCACGGAUCCAAUGCCUGGAGGACACGUGGCGGACGCUGAGCAAUGCGGCGAUGGCGAUGGCGUGGGAAGAAGACGAACAAGUCUGACUCAGUGUGACCAAGAUGAGGUGGCUGUCACUGCCAUAGUGGAGAAACUGCUGAUCGAAUUUCUGACACUGCCAAUUUCAGGUCAGAGAGCGGAGCCGUCUGAACGCCUGGCACGGUUGAACUUUGGAAAACGUUUUUGCCUCUACGAACCGGUCUUAUGGAAGCAUGUGGAAAGGCUUAUGGAGAUGGAGCUGGAGCUCUGAGGGUCCCAGGGCGAGAUGAGACCCCCACUAG